CCACCUACCCCUCAGCUGCUCCAUCAGUUGAAAAGAAAGUGCAAAGGAGGUGUUUCCCUCUGCUGGCUUAUCUUCACUGUACCUCUCCCAUUCUGCUUCCUCCUCCUUCUGAUCCCCGAGUGAAGAUGAGUGACCAGCUGCGAAUAUGACAUCUCUGACAGGUGUCAUUGCCUCCCACCAGUCCGAGUGGGUGUCCUUCCCUGACGAGCUGCUCCUCCCUGUUCCCCCACGAGGUAGCACUGAGGCUCCUCCAGUGAAAUGUUUUAAUUCCUCUGACACAUCUUCAGAAGAGAACCACAGUGCAAAUGGAGGAUUUCAAGACCUUUUCUGCUCAGAGUUGGAGGAGGCAGCUGAGCAGCCCAAGGUGGAUUCUGGUAACCAUGUGUCUCCCAACACUGAUCUGUCUUCGUCCAUCAGUGCUUGGGUUCAGUUUGAGGAUGCACCAUGGACCAGUGCUUCAUCAACCCACCCACAAACAGUGUCUGCUUCAAAAGCACCCAGCUGGACUUCUCCCUCUUCCAACUCUUCUGAGAGGCAGGCCCGUGCCUCAGAGAGCAGCUGGACAACCAACUCAGAGGACACCAGCAGCCCAAGCAUUGCUCCCUCCUACACAGAUCUGCAGUCACUGAAUACCGAGGACUUGACCAGUGGUAGAACAUCUGCAGCAGAUUCAGCUGACAACUCCUCGUCUCUCCAGGAAGAUGAAGAGAUAGAUAUGGAAGCUGUCAACUGGCAGCAGAACAACACCUCCAUGAAUGGCCAUUCCUCUACCCCAACCACAGUUCGCUUUCCCAGCUGGGUGACUUUUGAUGACAAUGAAGUCAGUUUUGCACCACAGAGCCUUUCUCCCUUGAAAACAGAUACCCCACCUGCAGAAACACAGGCUCCAGAUGUUAACUUUAAUCUCACUACGUCUUUAAAAAAAAGAGAGCGUCCUAAAAGUACAUUGGGAGACCUCUCCAGAAUUCAAAAACUAGAUCUCUCUUCUUUAACCAAGCUGCCUUCUGUCGAAACACCACCAUGGAGUGCUACUAAUCCCUUUCUGGAUGAAUCUCUUCGAGAUGUCCAACCCUCACCCAUCAAUCCAUUCAGCUCAUUCUUUGAGGAGCAAGAGAGGCGUUCCAAAAGCUCUUCUGUCUCCAGUGCUCCAGGCAAAAGCCAAAGAGACUCUCUCAUUAUUCUCCAUCAAGAGCCUGAUACCGUCAGUUUCCAUGAGGCAAACAAGACUGUAACACACACAGAUGCUGUAGAGCAGCUCAAACAGCUCCAGAUUGGAGACCCAGAUGGCAUGAGCAGUUCUGCCUUGCCUGAUGAUGACCCCAUGAUGCCAUAUGAUCUGGAUGCAGCUUUAUUUAACCUGGCACCAGCUCAGCCAAAGGAUGGAUGGCCAAUGAUGCUGAGGAUCCCAGAGAAGAAGAACAUUAUGUCAUCGAGGCACUGGGGACCAAUAUACGUCAAGCUGACUAACAGUGGAUGUAUACAGCUUUUUUAUGAGAAGGGACUCGAGAAGCCUUUUCGGGAGCUCAAACUUGAAAUCAAUCAUGAGAUUUCAGAGCGCAAGCUGCAGAACUACGAUGAGAAUGGAAGGAUACACAGCGUGCGGUUGGAUCGCACAACAUACAAGGAGAAAAAGAAGUAUCAGCCUAAGCCGGCCAUUGCACACACUGCAGAGAGAGAGCAAAUUAUCAAGCUUGGGACUACAGAUUAUGAAGACUUCCUUAGCUUCAUCACUGCUGUGCAAGACACACUGAUGAACUUGCCAGCUUCAUCAACAGAUCUGAGCACAGUGGGACUGAAUUAUCAAGAAGAAGAAAUCACUGUGGAUGUCAGGGAUGAGUUUCAUGGCAUCUUGGCCAAGGGAGACAGUGGGAUUCUCCAGCACAGUGUGCUGACUCAUAUCUAUGUUCUCAGCUUCCUUUCUGGCCUGGCAGAAUGCAGACUGGGCCUUAAUGAUAUCCUGAUCAAAGGGAAUGAAAUAGUUGCAAGGCAGGAUAUUAUGCCCACUACUACCACUAAGUGGAUUAAAUUAUACAGCUGCCGCUUCCAUUCAUGUGUGGAUGAGGAUGUGUUUAAUAACUCCCGUAUUAUCCUGUUCAACCCCUUGGAUGCCUGUCGGUUUGAACUGAUGAGAUUCAGGACUGUCUUUGCUGAGAAAACUUUGCCUUUUACUCUGAGGACAGCUGCCAGCAUCAAUGGUGCUGAGGUGGAGGUGCAGAGCUGGCUGAUGAUGUCCACGGGGUUCUCUUCCAACCAUGACCCUUUAACUCAGGUCCCUUGUGAAAACGUGAUGAUCCGCUACCCCGUGCCAAGUGAGUGGGUGAAGAACUUCCGCAGAGAGAGUGUCCUGGGGGAGAAAUCUUUGAAAGCCAAGGUGAACAAGGGAGCCACUUUUGGAUCAACCAGUCUGUCUGGUUCUGAGCCAGUAAUGAGAGUAACUUUGGGAACUGCCAAAUACGAGCAUGCCUUUAAUUCCAUUGUAUGGAGGAUAAACCGACUGCCUGACAAAAACUCAGCUUCUGGCCAUCCUCACUGCUUUUUCUGUCACCUAGAGCUUGGCUCUGACCGGGAAGUGCCUUCUAGUUUUGUCCGCUAUGUAGAUGUGGAAUUUGACAUGCCCACCACUUCUGCGUCCAAAGCCGCUGUCCGCUCCAUCUCUGUCGAGGACAAGACCGAUGUCAGGAAGUGGGUCAACUAUUCAGCACACUACAGCUACAAGGUCGAAAUAGAGCAGAAAAAAAGCUUGAAUGAGGAUCUGAAGGGAGAAAGGACUGCAGAUGUCAAUGAAUGUGCUACACAAUAAAGGAAGAUCAGUCUGCAAGUACCAAGAGGGUUGGUCAAAUUAAAGACCUGGAAGAAAGGACUUGCAGGGCUUGGGUAUUUUUCUUCUAAAAAAUUAGGGACUACUACUUUUAAAAUAAUGCUCUGAAGAGUAUAAUUUUUUUAUAAUUCCAUACUUUGAGAAGAAUGUGGUCAGGGUUUGUUUGGGGGGGAUCCACGGGUUUUUGCUGGAACCAGUGCAGUUGUACAGUAAAGUACAAGCCUGCCUUUUCUGCCUUUUCACCAUUUAGGUUCUGCACUCAAGUAUGGUCUGGCAACCAUCUCAGCCACACCAGAAAACAGCCUUUAUCUCACAAUCUUGCCCUCCCACAUUAAGCAUUUUGUUUCAAUGCCUUUUGGUUUGGCCUUUGACUGAAUUGCUUCCUUCUGAACUGCCAAAUAAAAUUCAGGGAUCGAGUGGAAAAUUAUAUAAAAUCUCCUUUCUGAAAUGGUCCACAGAAUGAAAAACCUGGGCAUCAUUCUGAAGAAUCAACACACUCUGCAUCUUAAACAAAGAGAAUGGUCUCUGUGUUGAAGGAGAUGAACUACGGACAAGACAGCUGAUCACAGAGCUGUCCCUCUGUUCAGCCCUUCCUGUCAUCCCUGGAGUGACAUGUCACUGUGCACAUUUUCACAGGGUUUGCACAAGUUGCAAGAAUGCCUCUGCGAUUUCUUAAAAUUCUUACUUUGUAGUCUGAGCUGUUCUGGUACCUUGACUGAACAUGGUCGUGGCUGCUAGUAAUAGGGAAUGUGUGUUACAGUAGUGGAGGUACCAGAGGGACUUUGCUAAGAUUAGAUCAUUCCUGUCUAGAAAGAUAUUUAAGGGAAAAACAUGGGGGUUUAGUUUUGGGUUUGGGGGUUUUUUGUAUGUUUUCUUGGAUGGGUAAAAUGGGUGGUAAUUGAAAAUGUCAGAACACAAUUACUUUAACAGAAAAUGUUGUUUGUUUUCCUGAAAAUCCUUGGAAUUCUGUCCAGCACAAUAUUAUUUUCAUGUUCUAUCUUGAACCAACAAUAUAAGUAACUUGUAUCUUUAUAAUACUCCCAUUAACUGGGCUCCAAAAUCUCUUUCCAAAAAUUAACAAGCUUCUAUCAUGGAGAUUUUUUUAUCCCCACUUACCUGGAAGUAAUAACAAGUCUUAAAACUUCUUUCUAAAUAAAAAUCACUCAUUCACACAUAUUUUCAGAGAAAACAGUGUUAAAAGUACCCAUUUUUAGUUGUUUCUAUGGCUUGUGUAAUAUUCUGUCUCGUAAUGUUAAAUGUAAAGUAAGUAAUUUAUUAAAUCAUUUAUCUUUUGAAAGGUUACUACUGACUAUAAAAUACACAUUUGGAAAACUUUGGCAAUGUAAUUUAAAAUCAUAAUGAAUUAAAAUGAAAGCUUUUUUAUAAAUUUAUUUCAUUUUACAUUUAAUAUAAAAAAGUUAAUACACUCUUGACUUACCACUUUCACUGUGACUCCUAUAAAAAUUAUUACAACAUUAAAAUCACAAAUAAAUAAUGAAAUUAAUUUCAUUGAGUCUGAAACUGGUAGUUGUAGAAUUUAAAAUAAAUUGUAGGGAACUUUUAAAUGCCUUUUUUAUAUGCACCUACAUUUCAAGCGUGCAUCACCCUAGUGACCCAUACUUUGACAGGUACACCACUGUAAAUGGUGUACAUGUAAAUGGUGUAAAUAUGUAAAGUCUCAAUCCUUGUAGGACUUACUGACAAGCCUGUAAUACUCCACUGCAGGUAGCCCUCUGGGCCCAGGAUGCUCCUUGGAGCACACCAGUCAACACUAAGCAUUUGCAACAUCUCUCUGUAAAUGUAAGAAUACUAUUAACUUUUAUUAAGAAUUUUGAGAUCAAUGGAUUAAAAUUUCUGGUAUUAUUAAUGAUAACUUGUAUACUUGGGAGCACAGGGCUGAAUUUGUGACUGAUUCUCAGCUCUGGCACAGGCUGGCUGUGAUGAGUUGCAUGGCAACUCCUCUUCAGAAUUCACUCCUGUUCAAAGGCAGUCAAAGAAUUUCUGGGUGGUCUUCCUGCUUUUCACUGCAGCUCCUAAUGUACAGUUUCUGAAAUCUCACCAUCAAGAAAUAAAAAAAAAAAACAAACCCAAAC